AUGGGAGAAGCAGGCGGAUAUUUUCAUAGAUUUCUGGCGGGUUGGGGGUCAGGAGAGAUUGAAAGAUUGCUCUACAUGCCCGCGGUGGGUGCGACGAUCUUUGUCACAGUGGUUAUCUUCUCUGUUGUCAGCAUUGUAGGGUGGUACAAAAAAGAGAGAGUUUUAAAGUAUACGGUUAAUGUGCCAAACCCGCCGGGCGAUGGAAGGGUCAUGGAAAAGCCAUCUAUCAAGGCCCCUGGUUCAACAGCUAUUCAAUGUUAUGCCCCAGCGACUGGGGAGUUCCUUGGAUUCGUAAAUCCUUCGACACCGGAAGGCAUUGAUCGUGCCAUCGAAAAGGCUCAGAUCGCACAGGAGAAGUGGGCGCGGACCACCUUUACACAACGACGACAAGUUCUUCGAUGCAUACAAGCUUUCAUAAUGGAAAAUCAGGAUGAUAUAUGCCGAGUUGCUUGUCUUGACUCAGGGAAAACGAUGAUCGAUGCGACUCUUGGAGAGAUUCUAGUGACGGUAGAGAAGCUUCGCUGGACUAUUCUUCAUGGCGAGAAAGCACUCCGGCCCUCUCGAAGACCUACGAACCUCCUUAUGUCGUAUAAGAGAAAUAGAGUGGAAUACGAACCCCUCGGUAUAGUAGCUGCGCUGGUAUCGUGGAAUUAUCCAUUUCAUAACCUUGUCGGACCCAUGAUCGCAGCCAUAUUUUCUGGAAACGGAAUUAUCACCAAAGCAUCCGAAAACACGGCUUGGAGUGCGUCAUAUUUCACUCAAAUCGUUAAAGGCGCUCUUCAAGUCUGUGGCCACGAUCCCAACCUUGUUCAACAUGUGACCUGCUGGCCUCAGACGGCAAAUUACCUAACGUCUCAUCCGUCUAUAUCUCACAUUACCUUUAUUGGAAGCAGACCCGUUGCCAAACUCGUCGCAGCAUCUGCAGCCAAAGCUCUUACGCCAGUUGUGGCAGAACUCGGAGGCAAAGAUGCGGCUAUUGUCCUCGAUUCUGCCUUGAGCGACCUUCCUCGGAUAAUUGAGAUCCUCCUCAGGGGAACCUUUCAAGCAGCUGGCCAGAAUUGCAUCGGUAUUGAGCGUAUUAUUGCUUGUCCUAAAGUCUACGACGAGAUUGUCAGAGCACUCGAACCACGCAUCCGCGCUCUGCGUGUUGGAUCUUCUCUCGAUGCGCCAAAAGAUGCGCAAGUUGACGUAGGAGCAAUGAUCUCGGACGCCUCAUUUGGUAGACUCGAGAAUCUUAUCCAACUCGCCGUCAAAGAUGGGGCACGCCUACUCGUCGGCGGCUCAAGAUUAAACCACCCGGUUCACCAUUCCGGACACUAUUUCCAACCGACCCUCCUAGUGGAUGUCACACAAGAGAUGGCAAUCGCGAAUGAAGAAUGUUUUGGACCAAUCUGUGUUGUUAUGCGCGCGAGUGGCCCUGAAGAAGCUUGCAAGAUGGCUAAUGCUCCUAAUUUCGGCCUUGGUGCUUCUGUCUUUGGGAAGAAUGACGGGACCAUGAGGACAAUGCUCAGGAAUCUGAAAACUGGAAUGGUGGCUGUUAAUGAUUUUGCUGCAUAUUAUGCAGUGCAGCUGCCAUUUGGCGGUGUGGGCGGAAGUGGAUACGGACGAUUUGCAGGGGAGGAAGGUUUGAGGGGCUUGUGUAAUAUCAAGGCUAUCUGCGAGGAUAGAUGGGGCUGGGCGGGCAUCAGCACGGCCAUCCCGAAGCAAAUCAGAUACCCGAUUCCUGACACAGGGAAGGGGUUCGGAUUCGUGAAGGCUGUGAACGAGCUUGGUUAUGGGACAGGCUUGAGGGGCCGAAUAAGCGGCUUGACGAAUAUACUGAGGAAUAGCUGA